UUUUCUGAAAAAUGGACUUUUUUCCAAAUGGAGAUUUUUUCCAUGGCCACUCUAAAACCAACGCCAUCAUCAUGUCACCGUGUAAUUAUAAACACGGAGUUACAGCCGUUAAAAAAAAGUUGACCGCCACAAGCCGACGCCAUCUCUCUUUUCUGUCAUUUUAUAUCGGAUUUUCUUUUCGCGCCCGGCGAGGGUUUGUCGUGUUUUCGUUUUGAAUUAAUUUGAUAUAAUAAAAAUUGUGUUCGUUUAUGGCUUGUACAUAAAUUUACUAAAAUGUCGCAGUCCGAAGAAGCUAUGGAUGUACCCGACAUCGGUGAUAAUUCCAAUGGCUCGUCAAGCGACACCACGUCGUCGAGGGGCAAAGAAGGGGACUUUGAAAGCAAAAUUGAAACGGAUCGCUCUAAGCGCUUUGAUUUUCUUUUAAAACAGACCGAAAUAUUCUCGCAUUUCAUGACAAGUGCUCCUAAAUCUAACAGCCCCCCUAAAGCUAAAGCUGGGAGACCGAAAAAAAUAGUUAAAGAGGAAUCUGGAGCAGCUGGAGAUCAUCGCCAUCGCAAAACAGAGCAAGAGGAAGAUGAAGAGCUCCUUGCAGAGACUAACACUAAACAAAAGACUAUAUUUCGUUUUGAAUCAUCUCCUCCAUACAUUAAGAAUGGGGAAAUGCGUGACUAUCAAGUCAGGGGUCUAAAUUGGAUGAUUUCUCUUUAUGAAAAUGGAAUCAAUGGCAUUUUAGCUGAUGAGAUGGGUCUUGGCAAAACUCUGCAAACAAUAUCUCUUCUUGGAUAUAUGAAGAAUUUCAAAAAUGUUCCAGGGCCACAUAUUGUCAUAGUGCCAAAAUCUACUCUAACAAAUUGGAUGAAUGAAUUUAAAAAAUGGUGUCCAUCUAUAAGAGCAGUUUGUCUGAUUGGAGAUCAAGAAACAAGGAACACAUUCAUCCGCGAGACUCUAAUGCCUGGAAAUUGGGAUGUUUGCAUCACCUCAUAUGAGAUGAUCAUUAGAGAAAGAUCUGUAUUUAAGAAGUUUAACUGGCGUUAUAUGGUUAUUGAUGAAGCUCAUCGCAUCAAGAAUGAGAAGUCUAAGCUCUCUGAACUACUUCGUGAAUUCAAAAGUGCCAAUAGGCUACUGCUUACUGGUACUCCACUGCAAAAUAAUCUUCAUGAAUUGUGGGCUCUGCUGAACUUUCUUUUACCUGAUGUGUUUAACAGUGCUGAUGAUUUUGAUGCCUGGUUCAAUACAAAUGCAGCCCUUGGUGACAACCAACUAGUGUCGCGGUUGCAUGCAGUUCUUAGACCAUUUUUACUUCGCCGUUUGAAAUCCGAAGUAGAAAAGAAACUAAAACCCAAAAAGGAACUCAAAGUCUAUGUUGGUUUGAGUAAAAUGCAGAGGGAAUGGUACACCAAAGUUCUCAUGAAGGACAUUGAUAUUGUAAAUGGUGCUGGCAAAGUAGAAAAAAUGCGCUUACAAAACAUCCUUAUGCAGUUGCGUAAAUGCUGUAACCACCCUUACCUAUUUGACGGUGCCGAGCCGGGCCCGCCUUACACCACUGAUGAACAUUUAGUGUACAAUUGUGGCAAACUUGCCAUACUCGACAAGUUGCUGCCAAAACUGCGUGAACAGGAUUCAAGAGUGCUCAUUUUUUCACAAAUGACCAGAAUGUUGGACAUUUUGGAAGAUUACUGUCUUUGGAGGCAGUAUAAGUAUUGCCGUUUGGAUGGUCAAACACCUCAUGAGGAUAGAAAUCGACAAAUUGAGGAAUAUAAUGCUGAGGGAAGUGAGAAAUUCGUUUUCAUGCUUUCGACUCGUGCAGGUGGUCUUGGCAUCAACCUGACUUCUGCUGACGUCGUCAUCAUUUAUGACUCUGAUUGGAACCCUCAAAUGGACUUGCAAGCAAUGGACCGAGCUCAUCGAAUUGGACAAAUGAAACAAGUACGGGUAUUUAGACUAAUCACAGAGAACACUGUGGAAGAAAAGAUUGUUGAGCGUGCUGAAGUGAAAUUGAGAUUAGACAAGUUAGUAAUACAAUCAGGCCGACUGGUGGAUACAAAGAAUCAACUCAACAAGGAUGAAAUGCUCAACAUGAUCAGACAUGGUGCUAAUCAUGUGUUUUCAUCAAAAGAUUCUGAGAUUACUGAUGAAGAUAUUGACUCUAUUCUGGCUAAAGGAGAAACCAAGACUGAAGAGCUGAAGCAAAAACUGGAGAGCCUUGGUGAAUCUUCUUUAAGAGCUUUUUCUAUGGAUACCCCUGGGGCUACUACAGAUUCUGUUUAUCAAUUUGAAGGUAAAUUUCUUUUAAAGUAAUAAUAAUAAUAACGCACACACUCAACGUAGCCCCGCACUAGGGAAACCCUGUGUCGCGGGUACCAUGGACACACACAGACAAUCACAUGACACCCAAACUCACGAGAUAAAUAAAUGUAGGCAGUGUGGCAUGUUAACGUGGCAGUCCGGCAUGGUAGAGGCAGUUAAGUAGAUUAUAGAUACCAGCAGCAGUAAAGCAGAUUUAUACCAAUACAUUAAUACUCUACUACACUAAAGAAAUAAUACUCAUACAUUCUCUUAUUCCCACACACACUCGGCUUUAUACUAUAAAAAUGAGCAAAAAAUGAGCACC